AUGGCGCCGCAGAAGAGGAAGCCGACCGACGACUUUGUCUACACCCUCUCCGACACCGAGGAUGUCCCUGUCGAGCUGCUCGAGGAGGAAGCCCUCGCCGCCCAGCCGGCCAAGAAAAAAGUCAAGACCGACAAAAAGGCCAAGACGGCCAAGUUAGCGGCGAAGCAAGGUGUGCAGAACUCUGCAGGAGACGAGGCCGAAGAGGCCCGAGAGGAUGCUGGAGGUGUUUGGGGCCGCAAGGACGACGACGACGGUGCCAUGGAUUCCGAGUUUGAGUUUCUCGUCGACGACGACGGAUCCGGUGACGAAGAUUUCGCCGGCUGGGGCUUCGAAGGUGCCAAGCAAAAAAUGUUUGCCGUCAGCAAAGGCGUCGACAUUGACGACAUCAUUCGGAGACGAAGGGAGAGUAAGAAAAACGGCGACGGCAAGACAUCCGACGACCAAGACGGCGCCGCCCCGGAAGAGCAAGAGGAAAUCGACCUGGACGACGAUGACGACGAGGUUCUCGCCGACGACGCCUUUGGAAUGAACGCCGAGUCGGACGACGAAGGAUCCGACGAGGGUGGGGACGAGGACGACGAUGACGAGGGCGACGAGGACGACGAGCCAGCAUCCGACGACGACUCGGUGGCGACGCCCGUCGGCCAUCCCGACGACGACGACAUGUCCGAGGCGAGCGGCGACGAGGAAGACGCCGAAGAGCAGGCGAGGCAGGAGGCCUUCUUCGCGCCCGAGGAAAAGCAGGCGGCCGGCAGCCAGACGGAUGCGUCAUCGUUCAUGGCCCUGUCCCUGUCGCGCCCCAUCCUUCGCGGCCUCGCCGCCGUCGGCUUCUCCAAGCCGACGCCCAUCCAGUCCAAGUCGAUACCGAUUGCGCUCAUGGGCAAGGACGUCGUCGGCGGUGCCGUCACGGGCUCCGGCAAGACGGGCGCCUUUAUGAUUCCCAUCCUCGAGCGACUGCUGUACCGGCCGAACAAGAUGCCGACCACGCGGGUCGUCGUGCUCACGCCGACGCGAGAGCUCGCCAUGCAGUGCUUCGCCGUGUCGACCAAGCUCGCGUCCCACACGGACAUUAAAUUUUCCAUGGCCGUCGGUGGCCUGAGCCUGAAGGCGCAGGAGGCGGAGCUCCGACGACGGCCGGACGUGGUGAUUGCGACGCCCGGUCGGUUCAUCGAUCACAUGCGAAACUCGGCCGGCUUCAACCUCGACACGGUCGAGAUCCUCGUGCUCGACGAGGCCGAUCGCAUGCUCGAGGAUGGCUUCGCCGACGAGCUCAACGAGAUCCUCACGACGCUGCCCAAGUCGCGCCAGACGAUGCUCUUCUCCGCCACCAUGACGUCGACGGUCGACCGGCUCAUCCGCGUCGGCAUGAACAAGCCGGUCCGCGUCAUGGUGGACUCGAAGAAGAAGACGGUCGGCACGCUGGUGCAGGAGUUUGUCCGGCUGCGGCCCGGGCGGGAGGAGAAGCGCAUGGGCUACCUCGCCCACCUCUGCAAGACGCUCUACACCGAGAGGGUCAUCAUCUUUUUCCGCCAAAAGAAGGAGGCGCACCGGGCGCGCGUCGUCUUUGGCCUGCUCGACCUCUCGUGCGCCGAGCUGCACGGCUCCAUGAACCAGACACAGCGUAUCGAGAGCGUCGAGUCCUUCCGAGACGGCAAGGUGUCGUACCUGCUCGCCACGGACCUCGCCUCCCGUGGUCUCGACAUCAAGGGCGUCGACACGGUCAUCAACUACGAGGCGCCGCAGUCGCUCGAAAUCUACGUGCACCGAGUCGGCCGCACGGCGCGUGCCGGCCGCAAGGGCGUCGCCGUGACGCUCGCGGCGGAGAACGACCGAAAGGUGGUCAAGGCGGCCGUGAGGGCCGGCAAGGCGCAGGGAGCCAAGAUUGUGAGCCGAGUCAUCGCGCCGGCCGACGCCGACAGGUGGGCGGACGAGGUGGAGGGCAUGGCCGACGAGAUUGAGGAGAUUAUGCAGCAGGAAAAGGAGGAGAAGCAGCUGGCCAACGCCGAGAUGGUGCUCAGGAAGGGCGAGAACAUGAUGGAGCAUGAGGCCGAGAUCAAGGGGCGGCCCCGGCGCACCUGGUUCGAGACGGCGCACGACAAGGCCAAGGCGAAGCAGGCGGGCAAGGACGAGCUCAACGGCAUGCGCGAGUCGAUGAAGAAGAAGGCCGGCGGCAAGCUGAGCAACAAGGACAAGAAGCGGCUCGACGCCAAGGCGGCGCGGACCAUUGACGGCGGCCUGUGGAAGAAGGGCAAGGGAGACGCGGCGGCGGCGGCGGCCAAGGGCAAGGGCAAGAAGACGGCUCGAUCGGCGCCCGGGGCGAAGGGGACGAAGGGAACGAAAGGGACAAAGGGGAGGCGGUGA